CAGCGGGUGGAGGGUGGAGGAAGGGGAGGAGGAGGAGGAGGCGAAGGCCAGGGCCGGGGGGAUUUAAGGGCUCGCUGUCCCCCGCCCGCCUCCGCUCCGCCGGCCGGGAGGGACAAGGGCGACAGAGCCCAAGUUUGUGCGGGGACGUCCCCGGGCUGGCGCUCCUGCUGCUGGUGCAAGGAAGACAAGCGUUGAAGGGCACGAUGAAGGCUUUCCUCCUCACCCUCCUGGCCCAGCUCUGCUUGGCAUCGCUGGUCCCCGAGAACGAGAAGGACCCCGAGUACUGGCGGCAGCAGGCGCAGGAGACACUGCGUACUGCCCUGCGGCUCCAGCGCCUCAACCAGAACGUGGCCAAAAACCUCAUCCUCUUCCUGGGCGACGGCAUGGGGGUCUCCACCGUCACGGCCGCCCGCAUCCUCAAGGGGCAGCUGCAGAACCGCAAGGGCGAGGAGAGCCUGCUGGAGAUGGACAAGUUCCCCUACGUUGCCUUGGCCAAGACCUACAACACCAACGCUCAGGUGCCCGACAGCGCGGGCACGGCCACCGCCUACCUCUGCGGUGUCAAAGCCAACGAGGGGACGGUGGGCGUCAGCGCCGGCGUCACCCGCGACCGCUGCAACACCACCAAGGGCCAGGAGGUGACCUCCAUCCUCCGCUGGGCCAAGGAUGAAGGCAAGGCAGUGGGCAUCGUCACCACCACGCGGGUCACCCACGCGACGCCCAGCGCCGCUUACGCCCACUCUGCCAACCGCGACUGGUACUCGGAUGGAGAGAUGCCCCCCGACGCGCUGGAGGGCGGCUGCAAGGACAUCGCGCGGCAGCUGGUGGAGAACAUCCCCGACAUCGAGGUGAUCCUGGGCGGCGGGCGGAAAUACAUGUUCCCCAAAAACGCCAGCGACGUGGAGUACCCGCAGGAGGAGAAGCACCGGGGCACCCGCCUGGACCGCCGGGACCUGGUGCAGGCGUGGCACGACACCAAGCCCCCGGGGAAGGUCGCCAAGUAUGUGUGGCACCGGCGGGACCUGCUGGCGCUCAACCUCAGCCGCGUCGACUUCCUCCUGGGUCUCUUUGAGCCUGGCGACAUGGUGUACGAGCUGGACAGGAACAACGAGACGGACCCGUCCCUCACUGAGAUGGUGGCCGUGGCUAUCAGGAUGCUCCAGAAAAACCCGCGGGGCUUUUUCCUGCUGGUUGAAGGCGGCCGCAUCGACCACGGGCACCACGAGGGCAAGGCGAAGCAGGCGCUGCACGAGGCGGUGGAGCUGGACGAUGCCAUCGGGCUGGCCGCACGCCUCACCUCGCCCCAGGACACGCUCAGCGUCGUCACCGCCGACCACUCGCACGUCUUCACCUUUGGCGGCUACACCCCCCGCGGGAACCCCAUUUUUGGUCUGGCACCGAUGCAGAGCGAUGUGGACCGCAAGCCCUUCACCUCCAUCCUCUACGGCAACGGCCCCGGCUACAAAAUCGUGGGGGGCGAGCGGGAAAACGUCUCAGCCGUGGAUUUCGCGCACGCCAACUACCAGGCACAGUCAGCCGUGCCACUGCGCCAGGAGACCCACGGCGGUGAGGACGUGGCCGUCUUCGCCCGCGGCCCCAUGGCCCACCUCCUGCACGGGGUGCACGAGCAGAACUACAUCCCCCACGCCAUGGCGUACGCCGCCUGCAUCGGCCCCAACCGAGCCCACUGCAACGCCGCCGGGCGCGCCGCCGCCGCCAGCCCCCUCCUCCUGCCCUUCCUCACCCUCCUCCUCCUCCUCUGCUAGAGCAUCUCUUGCAAAACAUCGACGGGGGGGGGGAUUUUUUUUUUUAAUCCUCUCUCCUCUCCCCCCCCCCGCUCUUUUUUUUUUUUUUUUUCUGGGGUAGCGGCGCCCGGGAAAAGGCGAAAAAAGAAAGACUCAGCAGAGCAAAAGCAGCCGCCCGCGGUUUCGGUGGCCACCGCGUGCUGGGCUCUGCCCCUGUAAAUACACCGUUCCUCCCUGUCAUUAGCGCUGCCGUGGGAUUCGGGCUCAGCGCUGCGGCCGGAGCCCUCCUGAAGCAGGAGGGGGGAGAGGCAGCGGGGUCAGCCCCGAAACGUGCGGUGCCAGCACGGCUGAGACCGACCCCGGCACCCAACUCAUCGCACGAGUGAGUGGGCAACUGGCAAAGCACCCGCGGGUGGGGAAGCGGCAACUCGCCAGGCGCUCCCUGCCUCCUUUUGCCUCUUUUGUGGCUUUUUUUUUUUUUCUCCUCUUUUUUUUUGGCCUGAAAAAUCCUUUGGUUUGAGGCCAUUUGCUGCCCGGGGCCUUCUCAGCAUUUUGGGGACUCAGCACUGCACGGAGAGCGGAGCCAAGAUGGAUUUAGGGGGCAGCACCCGGUGCUGCUCGUCCCUCGUUAGCCUCUGGUAAUUGGGGAGGGGGCAUCGGGGGGAGAGGGCAGCGGGGUGGGGGGGGUGGGGGGGGCUCAGGGUGCACUUUGGGGGGCGGCUGUUGAGGAGUCGGGGGGUUGAGAAGUAGGGGGAGACCCCAGAGAGCGGCUCUGGGUGUGCAAAUGGUGCCCCGUGUGUGCAAAUUGUGCCCAGGGUGAGCAAAAGCUGCUCUGAGUGUGCAAGGGGUGCUCUGAGCGUGCACAGCUGAACGCUGCAGCUGCUGCCCUGCGUGAGCAAAGGGGGCUGUGCACAUGCAAAUGAGGCCUUGCAUGUGCAAAUGCAGCCUUGCACGUGCAAAUGCCACCCUACAUGUGCAAAUGCAGCCUUGUUUGUGCAAAUGCAGCCUUGUGUGUGCAAAUGCAGCCUUGUGCAUGCAAAUUCCACCCUACCCGUGCAAACGGUGUCCCGGAUGAGCGAAGGGGGCCGUGCACACACAGAUGGCAGCGUGCACAAGGCAGUGCCCUGGCUGCAUGAGCAGCACCGUGCCCGUGCAGCUGCUUGCUCAGCUAUGCAACCGUGCACAUGCAAAUCCCCUCGCACGCCCGAGCGGAGCUUUGCAGCAAGCGGGGCCGUGCAGAUGCAGCCCCUGAACGCCCCCCCGAGCACCCCAGGAUUGGCACCCCCAGCCCCCCAAAACCACAGCGGGCGCCACGAGCCUCUUGCCAGCCUCUUUUAUUUAUUUACCAGCCUCCCCCCCCCCCGCCUCCCCCCGACCUUUUAAAUAAACCUUCGCUUCGUUUUCCUAUUAA